AUGAAAUAUAAUACCUUAAAUGCUAGUAGCCGGUUUGAUUCCAAACUUAGUUCUGUUUUGAAUAAUAGUAUUUGGUGUUGGAAGCCUGCUAGGUCUGAGGCUCUUGUGGAGAUUCAAUGUCAUCUUCCUGAUGUUCCUUUAGGUAUUGUUGACAAGCCAGUGUGGCAUAUUGCUCGUAAAGGUUCUUAUGCUUGUUCUGACACGUGGGAGUUUUUUAGGGAUAAGAAACCUGAUGUUGUUUGGUGGCAUUUAAUCUGGUUUCCCUUAGCUAUCCCUAAGCAAUCGUUUAUCCUCUGGUUGGCUGUUCAGAAUCGUCUUACUACGGGUGAUCGUCUUCUAGUGUGGGGAUUUCAAGGAGAUGUGAAUUGUGUUUUUUGUAGACAUGGUGUUGAAAGUAGGGAUCACUUGUUUUUCGAAUGUAGUUUCAGCUCUCGUAUUUGGCUUGCUUGUUUGCAGCGCUGUCCGUUUAUUGAUCCUAAUUCUGAUUGGCAGAGCUUGUUGGAUGAUGGUUGUAUUCAUUGGAAGAAGAAGACUUUGGCUGGGAUUUUGUGUAGGCUUGUUUUCAGUUCUGCAGUUUAUAAUAUUUGGCGUGCUAGGAAUGAAGUUAAAUUUCAAGGGCAUCCCAAAUCGGAAGAGCAGAUUCUGAAGUUGAUUCUUUGGGAAGUUCGAAAUAGAAUUUCUGGUUCAAGCAGGUUUAAUAAGACUAGGGAGAAUAUUAGAAUUUGUCAAUACUGGAAUUUAGAUUGUUCUGUUUUGCAUUAG